AUGGAUGGUUGGCCAUCCACAAUCGCAGAUGUUGAUGCUUUUCAGUCCCUAGAGCCUAUAUGUGUGGUUCCUCCAGAUGCUAACCAAGAUCCACAGCCAAAUCUUACUAACCAUGCUGAGGAGCCUAAUCCUGUUAGCCCUAGUGCUCAACCAGAUGGCGGAGCAGAGCCUGAACUAGAGCCUGACAGGGAGCCAGACAUGUUUGAUAAUGAGGAGGAAUAUGUGGGUGUUGAUGAUGAGGCAAUGUACAUGCCAGUACCUCCUCAGUACACUAACAAUGUGCAGGCUUCUAACCAUAUUCCUCCAGAACCAUUUGUUAAUGUCGUUGCAAUCGAUGAUGAGACAGAGGUUGAUGAUGCAGAUCCACAGGAGGUCCAUGUGAUCUAUGAUCCACAAAACCCCAACAUUGUCAAGGGAGCACGGUUUCCUGAUAUUAUUUCAUUCAGGAAGGCAAUUAGGCAUUAUGCAGUGAAGAAAGGCUUCGAGUUUGCUAAUUUGCAAACUGAUCCAUCAAGAUUUAUUGCCAAGUGUAAAGCAGAGGGGUGUCCAUGGCGCAUCCAUGCUUCUAGGAUUUUUGACGGCAAGACAAUAGAGAUCAAAAGGCUGCCUUUCGAACACGAGUGUCCUACUACCAAAUUCCAAGAAACAAAGAUGGCCAACCAAGGUUGGUGUGCAGAUAAUUUGACAGAUUGGCUGAAGAAGAAUCCAACCAAGGGUGCAACUGACUGCAAGGAGAAGUUGGAGGGUGACUUUGGCAUCCAAUUGAAGUACUCCAAAGCAUGGUCAGGUAUGCAGGUAGCCUUAGACCAGAUACAUGGUAAAUAUGAUGAGAGCUUUCAGUUGCUUUUUAAUUGGGCUGCUCAAAUUGAGCAAGUUUCUCCUGAGAGUUUAGUAGAGAUAGAGGUGGAGAAAAUAGGUGAGAAACACAGGUUCAAGAGGAUGUUUGUAGCUCUUGCUCCAUGUAUUCAAGGAUUUUUGGAUGGGUGCAGACCUUUCAUUGGUGUAGAUGCUUCCUGUUUGAAUGGUAAAUAUAAAGGUCAAUUAGCUUCUGCUGUUGGUGUGGAUGGACAUAAUUGGCUAUACCAUAUAGCUUAUGGAAUUUUUGAGUCGGAAACUGAAGAUAAUUGGAGAUGGUUUUUGGACCAGCUGAAAAGGAAGAUAGGAGAUGUCCCAAAUCUGGUUAUAUGUUCAGAUGCAUGUAAAGGACUAGAAACUGCAGUGGGGGUUGUUUUCCCACUAGCUGAGAACAGGGAGUGCAUGAGGCAUUUGUAUCAGAACUUCAUGAAGAAAUACUCUGGUGAUGUGUUUACUGAUCACUUGUACCCUGCAGCUAGAAGCUACACAAAGUGGCUAUUUCAGUGGCAUAUGAAGAGAAUUGCAGAUUUUGAACCUAAAGCCAUUGAAUACCUUGAGAACCACCACAACAGGAUCUGGUAUAGGUGCAGCUUCGGUGAGAAUAGCAAGUGUGACUACUUGACAAAUAAUGUAUCAGAGAGCUUCAAUGCACAAAUAAAAAAGUUCAAAGGAUUGUUGUUGCAUGAAUUGGUGGACAGAAUCAGAGAACUUAUAAUGGAGAAGAGAUAUGCAAGGAAGAUGAUUGCUAGGCAGUGGGCAGAUGGAAUCCUACCUAAUGUGAUCAAGGAGCUCAACUUGAUCAGCAAUAAUCUCAAGGUUGUGAAGAUUGCUGUUAGUGAUGUUGAUAUGGCUGAAGUAACCAUCUUAGAUGACUGGAAUAAUCAGAAGAGGGAGACAGUUGACCUAAAGAACCAUAGUUGUGGCUGCAGACAAUGGCAAGUGAUAGGGAAACCAUGCAAACAUGCAUUGGCUUGGAUUUUGUCUAAUAGAGGGCUAAGAAUUGCAGACUAUGUACAUGAGUACUACUCAGUGGCAAGGUUCAAGGCAGCCUAUGAGCAAAGAAUUGAACCAAUCCCAGAUAGGUCACAGUGGCCAGUUGUGGAAUUGCCAUUCAAAGUACACCAACCCUUGCUAGGCAGAAGUGCAGGAAGACCAAAGGUUCAGAGACAGAGAGGUUGUUUGGAGAAAAGGGCUUCCAAAAAAAAGGUCAAAUGUAAGAGAUGUGGAAAUUUUGGACAUUUUGGAAAAACUUGCAAACUAGCAGAGGUUGGAAAAGAUGGUGAGAGAGCUCCAGCAAGGGGAAAGGCAAAUAAAAGAGACCAAACAAAUGAAGCUGGAGCAUCCCAAACAAAUGAAGCCGGAGCCUCCCAAGCCAAGAAAUUGAAGAAGUGCACCAGCAAAAAGAAGAAAAAGACUCCCGUGAAGAAAAGGCUCAUGAAGGCUGCAGCCAACCCUCCUGUGACUGUAGUUAGUAGCCUUAGGAGGCUGGUCCUCGGCGGCCACCGUCGGCGGCUAGGGUUCAGGCGACGUCGAGCCGUCCGGGAAGCCGUCGUACAGAGUGAUAGAAAGAGCGAGAGCACGGGCACCGCCGACCGGCCACUCACGGUCCUCUGCGACUGCAAAUCCGCUUGCCCUCGCCCCGCUUCAGUCCCUACGUCCCUCAGCUACUCUCUAAUUCAGGUCGUCGCCGGUGCUCUGAACUUCAAAUUCGUCGGGAAGGCCCGAUUUUGGGAGGCGUCGUCACCUUCAUUGCGCGGUGACAGACGGGAGUUCUGCGACGGGGUUCCUGGGCUUCGACAACAGGAGGAAUGUCUCAGCUAUGGCGAGAGCUGGUUUCCGGUGGUUGACCUAAUUGCUCUCAUCUCGUGGCGCCGCCUAGGAAGACAACAGCGAAGCUUCGGCCGGUUCGAGCGGUCGUCGGUGACCAGAUGCUUACCGGCAAGACCAGGAAACCGCCGUGGUGCUCUACGUGUGUGUGAGAAAGGAAAACACAGAGAUCUGGUGGAGAACAGGGCGAGGAAGGGGCGCACAUUUUUUGCGGCAGCCGCCACAGACCACCACCCAAUUGUAGAGUCCGACAACGAUGGUCUGAUGCAGAUUCCAUUCGCCAGAUUCCGGCACCGCCGUCCGCCACCUAUGUCCGAGGCUUCAAACACACCGCAACACCGCUGCGCCUUCAUCCCUCAGGCGGCAGCCGCUUCAGGCCAAUCUACUCCUACUGUUCAGGAGACGUUCGCGGCCAAGACACUUCUGCAAUUGGCGAUGUCCGGCGACACGGGAAGAGUGUGUGGGUAG